UUCAGUCCAUUGUUCUUAAUAAGAAGUAUUUUGUAACGUUAAUUCUCAAAAAUUUAUAAAAAUGGGAUGGAAAUUAAAUAGCUGCUGUUGCUGCUUUGAACUCAAGACUGGAGUUGUCGUCAUUGGAAUUUUAGGACUGAUUGAACAAUUAAUGUUUCUUACCGCGCCAUUUAGCAGCAAUAACGAAGCUUGCAAUACUUAUUAUAUGAAGAACUGCUUUGAGUUGAGUAGCAGAGAAACUGCGGGGAUCACUAUUUGGAAUGUGAUCAAUAUUAUGCUCACAUUAAUGAUGAUCUAUGGAUCAGAAAAUAACCAACCAGCCCUCAUAUUUCCAGCGAUAAUUGUGUCCAUAAUUGGCCUGAUCUUGUACUUGGGUCUAAUUUGGGCCGGAUCGAUAGUGGCGUUCAAAAAUGACGUAGCUGAAGUCGGAAUAGUUAUGCUGAUCGUCGGUCAUCUUGUGUGGGCGUUCACGUCUUAUUUCUUCAUGGUUAUCUACAAUCGGUAAAAGGACCUCAGAAGCUACCAACUGCCCGCCUAUCCCAAAGAAAACAGUCUUUUAUAUCCCUAAGACGCUUGUUGUACUUCUUUAAGAAUUUUAAAAUAAAUAUUUGUUGAUUAAUCGAU